CAAUUGCAUUAAUUUUUUGCCGUUGAUAUAAAAAAUACCUACAAAAGCGCCAUCUUCUUCACACACUCAUACACGAGAAUUCGAGGAGUUGAUCACAACACAUAGACCAUUUCGAUUUCCAGAUGUUUACCAAUAGAGGCCGUGGUGGCCCAUCCCGGUCAACACCUUCUAGCGUCCAGUGCCAGAAAUGCUUAAAGAGAGGCCACUACUCAUAUGAAUGUAAAGCAACUGCCCAAGAGCGUCCCUACGUGUCGCGUCCGUCGCGAUCUCAGCAGUUGCGUAACCCCAAGCUUGUGCCCAAGCUCACAAAUGAGACACUGAAUCCUCUUGAGAAAAAAAAAGGUGUGGCAGAUGAAGAGCUGGCUAAAGUGGAAGCUGAACGCGAGCGCGAGCGAGAACAGAAGGACGAUGGACUGAUUGAACCAAACGUGAAGCGUCAUAGAUCAGCGUCUUCUCAUUCGGUUUCUACCAUUUCUACUGGCGCUUCGCGAUCACCAUCGCCUGGUAGAGACAGGACUAGAUCCCCUAUUCAGUCGCCACGAGGUCGAAGUCCUUAUUCAGACAGCUCACGACGUGGCAGGCGAGAUGGCAGUCGCAGUCCCAGUCGCAGCUGCAGCCGUAGUCCUAGCUUGAAUCGUAGCCGAAGCCCUCGUGUGGAACCUCGGCACAGGCGUUCUGGCUCUGGCAGCAGUCCCUUUCCUGAAGAUUUUAACCGUCGCGACCAGUACCGAUCCCGAGACCCUCUACCUUCUGUCAAGGAGAGCGCGCCAGCGAGGCAGCCUAGGGAAUACCCUUCGAAGUCUCGGAGUCCGCAUAGCCUUCGCCAUCAACGUCCUGGGAGCCCAAGGUCGCCCGAACCGAGAGGCAGACAUCAUGAGAGGCCAGAUCGAUCCAGUACUCGACAUGAUCGUGAGAGACCACCACCUCGUGCAAGGGUUGAUGGCAGAAGACAUGGACACGAAGGCCCGGGUCCUCGGGAUCAAGCACGAGAGCGAAGCCUGAGUCCUUUCAGUCAACGAUUAGCUAUGACACAAGCUAUGAAGGGUGGAAGAUAAUGAAUUGUUGGGUAUAAAUGUAGAUAUAGUGUAACCAUAAUCGCAAAAUGCGCCAGACCCCU